AUAUUGCAUGUGAUUUUUAUAAUUUAAAAUGUGAAAAAAAUCACAAAAAACCUAAAAAAAAAUGUUAUUACGAAACAUAUCCCGUGUUCUUUAUUCACCAAAAUAUCUUUUCUGGACCAAUACAGCAACCGGCGUGCUAUUUUUCGGUACAGGUGAUUUAAUGGUACAGAAAUUUAUUGAUAAACGUUCGAAAAUUGAUACAAAUCGAAAUGUGAAUUCAUGUAUUGCCGGCAUUUAUAUGGGAUCUAUAAGUCAUUUUUGGUAUGGAUUUUUGGAUCGUAUUUUUCCCGGUACAAAUCGGAAAAUGAUAAUAAAAAAAUUAUUAUCUGAAGCUAUUAUUGGACCACCAUUUGCAGCAUCAUUAUUUAUUGUUGUUGGAAAAUUGCACAAUAAAUCUAUGGAACAAAUCAUAAAUGAUGCUAAAGAAAAUUUUAAAUAUCUAUUAAUGGCCGAUUGGUGUUUUUAUAUACCGUUACAAUUUUUUAAUUUCUAUUAUCUACCAACUAAAUAUCGUGUACUUUAUGUAUCAAUGUUAUCAUUAGUUUAUGAUUCAAUUCUGGUCUAUGUUUUACAUCGUAAUAAUCAACAACCAACAACAAAACAACAAAACAUAGAGAUGAAUAAUAAUUAAAAAAAGAAGAAAAAAAAUUAAUAAAUAAAAUUAGCAGCCAUCCGUUUCCGUUUCGUUUUAGAUAAAAACAA